AUGCUUGCUCUUCCCCCACCAAUCCUCAAGCCAUCUAUCAGAAGCGUAAGCGUCUUUGCCUCCAGCAGCUCGCAUCCGUCAGCACUCCGUCCCAGAACAAGUGAUCCUAAUUCUCCACCCCAUCUUCACCAUCUCGAUCUCGAUCUAUCGCAUCCUUCCGUCACUAUAGAAAAAUGGUCAACGUUCCUAAGACGCGCAGGACUUACUGCAAGGGCAAGCCCUGCAAGAAGCACACGUGAGUAUUCUACCGACAUCAAUCAGCACCAGCACAGCAUCAGCACAGCACACGCCGCCGAGUACAAAGCAGACAUGGAGCAUUUGUGGGAUGGAACAGCGCACGGUGGGAAGCAGAGCCGCCUUCCGCGACAUCAUCGUUGCACCUCUCCGCAGACGCACGCAGUGAUGUCGCAUUCGCCUGGACAGAGGCCGGAGAGGAAAGGAUCGUCGGACAUCAGCAUCAGGGACACAGGCAGACCCGCGCAUCCGCCUCGAGCAGAAGAGAUUGCAGCGGUAAUGGUGGAUCGCAUCGGAUUCCGCUUCUACGACACCCCUCACAAGAUCACCCAGUACAAGACUGGUAAGGCUUCGCUGUACGCUCAGGGUAAGCGUCGUUACGACAGGAAGCAGAAGGGUUACGGUGGUCAGACCAAGCCCGUCUUCCACAAGAAGGCCAAGACGACCAAGAAGGUCGUUCUGCGUCUGGAGUGCACCCAGUGCAAGUACCGCUCGCACGUUGCGCUCAAGCGUUGCAAGCACUUCGAGCUCGGUGGUGACAAGAAGCAGAAGAACGCCGCUCUGGUCUUCUAA